AUGUUCACAGCCAGCUUCUGCAGGUCGGCAUUCAGCUGGCCCGGGAAGCGCAGGUCCCGGGACUCGCGGGCCAGCUGUCGGGGACGGAGGCGCCCGGUCCGCCCUGACGAGCUCGCCACUGGCUUUGCUCCGGCGGCGACGGCGACAGUGGCCCGGGCCGACUCUCCCGGGGACCCCACCUCCUCCAGAGCCAGCUUUGGCAGGGGACCGUGCCUCCCCACCGAGAAAAACUUAAGCUUCGUUGGAUUCCUACGUCAAAGAAAAGUUUCAAGCUUUCAGAAAGAGUUGUCACUGGAAGAUCAAGAACAGCUCCCUAACCACAAAAGAGGAAUCGAUGCUAAGCUUUCAGCUGCAUUUCUGAAAGUUGCAGAAUUAAGACAAAUCUUUGAACCAAAGAAAAAAGAAUUCUUAGAAGUGAAAAGAAAAGAAAGGAUUGCCAGGCACCUGGAAGGAAUUGAAAAUGACACCCAGCCCAUCCUCUUGCAGAGCUGCACAGGGUUAGUGACUCACCGCCUGCUGGAGGAAGACACUCAGCUGGUAGGGUCGCUGGCUCGAUACAUGCGAGCCAGCCACCCUACCAGCCCCCACAUCGGCCGACCAAAUGAAGAGGAGGAAACUUCUGAUUCUCCUCUACAAAAGCAAACUCGAUCUAAAUACUGCGCAGAAACCUCCGGCGUCCACGGUGACUCACCCUAUGGUUCUGGUACCAUGGACACCCACAGUCUGGAGUCCAAAGCGGAAAGAAUCACAAGGUACAAAGCAGAAAGAAGACGACAGUUGGCUAAGAAAUAUGGGCUGACUCUGGAUCCCGAGGCCGACUCCGAGUAUUUAUCCCGCGAUCCCAAGUCCAGGAAGGAGCCUGACGCUGUCGAGAAGUGGGGAGGAAAAAGUGACAAACAGGAGGAGUCAAGCAGGGAGAGUUCUCCACACCCCGGGACAGAGACGAUGGGGCUCAGGACCUGUGCAGGUGAAUCCAAGGACUAUGCCCUCCGCGGGGGUGAUAGCUCUUCUGACCAGGAGGUGCUGCUGAACAUAGAAAACCAAAGACAAGAUCAAGAGCUAAAUGCCACCCGGCAGGACUACGACCUGCCCCCAGCUGCCGGGAGUUCCUUGACCUUCUCUUUCUCUGGGCGAGAAUCCUCCUUCACGGAAGUGCCACAGUCUCCAAAGCACGCGCACAGCUCGUCCCUGCAGCAGGCGGCCUCCUGGAGCCCCUCCUUUGGUGACCCACAGCUACCCCCUGAGGCCAGACCCAGGUGCACUUCACAGUCAGAAACGCCAACUACUGAUGAUGAAGAAAAAGUAGAUGAACAAGCCAAGCUGAGCGUCGCCGCCAAGAGGCUGCUUUUCAGGGAGAUGGAAAAAUCUUUUGAUGAACAAAAUGUUCCAAAGCGACGCUCAAGAAACACAGCUGUGGAGCAGAGGCUCCGCCGUCUGCAGGACAGAUCCCUCACGCAGCCCAUCACCACCGAGGAGGUAGUCAUCGCGGCCACAUUACAGGCCUCUGCUCACCAAAAGGCUUUAGCCAAAGACCAGUCAAAUGAGGGCAAAGAGCUGGCUGAGCAAGGAGAACCUGAUUCCUCCACUCUAAGCUUAGCCGAGAAGUUGGCCUUGUUUAACANCGAGAGACUGUGGCUGUUGGCACUUGAAACCAAGGCCACGGUCAGGGCCCGGUACGGCUGGCUGCCCCGACUGGUCAGCGGGGCAAAGCCGGGCAUGAAGAAGUGCAGCCGGGGAAAUGGAACCAUGUUCACAGCCAGCUUCUGCAGGUCGGCAUUCAGCUGGCCCGGGAAGCGCAGGUCCCGGGACUCGCGGGCCAGCUGUCGGGGACGGAGGCGCCCGGUCCGCCCUGACGAGCUCGCCACUGGCUUUGCUCCGGCGGCGACGGCGACAGUGGCCCGGGCCGACUCUCCCGGGGACCCCACCUCCUCCAGAGCCAGCUUUGGCAGGGGACCGUGCCUCCCCACCGAGGAUUUCAACAAGAAAAACUUAAGCUUCGUUGGAUUCCCACGUCAAAGAAAAGUUUCAAGCUUUCAGAAAGAGUUGUCACUGGAAGAUCAAGAACAGCUCCCUAACCACAAAAGAGGAAUCGAUGCUAAGCUUUCAGCUGCAUUUCUGAAAGUUGCAGAAUUAAGACAAAUCUUUGAACCAAAGAAAAAAGAAUUCUUAGAAGUGAAAAGAAAAGAAAGGAUUGCCAGGCACCUGGAAGGAAUUGAAAAUGACACCCAGCCCAUCCUCUUGCAGAGCUGCACAGGGUUAGUGACUCACCGCCUGCUGGAGGAAGACACUCAGCUGGUAGGGUCGCUGGCUCGAUACAUGCGAGCCAGCCACCCUACCAGCCCCCACAUCGGCCGACCAAAUGAAGAGGAGGAAACUUCUGAUUCUCCUCUACAAAAGCAAACUCGAUCUAAAUACUGCGCAGAAACCUCCGGCGUCCACGGUGACUCACCCUAUGGUUCUGGUACCAUGGACACCCACAGUCUGGAGUCCAAAGCGGAAAGAAUCACAAGGUACAAAGCAGAAAGAAGACGACAGUUGGCUAAGAAAUAUGGGCUGACUCUGGAUCCCGAGGCCGACUCCGAGUAUUUAUCCCGCGAUCCCAAGUCCAGGAAGGAGCCUGACGCUGUCGAGAAGUGGGGAGGAAAAAGUGACAAACAGGAGGAGUCAAGCAGGGAGAGUUCUCCACACCCCGGGACAGAGACGAUGGGGCUCAGGACCUGUGCAGGUGAAUCCAAGGACUAUGCCCUCCGCGGGGGUGAUAGCUCUUCUGACCAGGAGGUGCUGCUGAACAUAGAAAACCAAAGACAAGAUCAAGAGCUAAAUGCCACCCGGCAGGACUACGACCUGCCCCCAGCUGCCGGGAGUUCCUUGACCUUCUCUUUCUCUGGGCGAGAAUCCUCCUUCACGGAAGUGCCACAGUCUCCAAAGCACGCGCACAGCUCGUCCCUGCAGCAGGCGGCCUCCUGGAGCCCCUCCUUUGGUGACCCACAGCUACCCCCUGAGGCCAGACCCAGGUGCACUUCACAGUCAGAAACGCCAACUACUGAUGAUGAAGAAAAAGUAGAUGAACAAGCCAAGCUGAGCGUCGCCGCCAAGAGGCUGCUUUUCAGGGAGAUGGAAAAAUCUUUUGAUGAACAAAAUGUUCCAAAGCGACGCUCAAGAAACACAGCUGUGGAGCAGAGGCUCCGCCGUCUGCAGGACAGAUCCCUCACGCAGCCCAUCACCACCGAGGAGGUAGUCAUCGCGGCCACAUUACAGGCCUCUGCUCACCAAAAGGCUUUAGCCAAAGACCAGUCAAAUGAGGGCAAAGAGCUGGCUGAGCAAGGAGAACCUGAUUCCUCCACUCUAAGCUUAGCCGAGAAGUUGGCCUUGUUUAACAAAUUGUCCCAGCCAGUCUCAAAGGCGAUUUCCACCUGGAACAGAAUAGAUAUGAGACAGCGGAGAAUGAACUCUCGAUAUCAAACUCAGCCAGUCACGCUGGGAGAGGUGGCGCAGGUGCAGAGUGGAAAGCUUAUUCCUUUCUCGCCUGCUGUGAACACAUCGGUGUCUACAGUAGCAUCCACGGUUGCCCCAAUGUAUGCCGGGGAUCUUCGCACGAAGCCACCUCUUGAUGACAAUGCAAGUGCCACUGACUGUAAGUUUUCUUCUUAAAUGGAAAAUUCAGACUCUCCAGUUAGAAGCAUUCUAAAAUCGCCCGCUUGGCAGCCCUUGGUAGAAAGUAGCGGGAACAAGGGAACGUUGAGAGAAUAUGGAGAGACGGAAAGCAAGAGAGCUUUGACAGGUCGAGACAGCGGGAUGGAGAAGUAUGGGUCCUUUGAGGUAGAAGCAUCCUACCCCAUCCUGAACAGACCCAGGGAAGGAGACAGCCAUAAGGAACCUAAAUACAUCCCCAGGAAAGGAAGCCUGGAACGGGUGAAUCCUCCCAUCACUCACCUUGGGGAUGAACCAAAGGAAUUUUCCGUGGCUAAAACAAGUGCGCAAGGAAACUUGGGCUUGAGAGACAGGCCGCCCUUUGAAGAGAAGGUGGAGGUGGAGAAUGUUAUGAAAAGGAAGUUUUCACUAAGAGCGGCAGAGUUCGGGGAGCCGGCUUCCGAGCAGACGGGGGCAGCUGCUGGGAAAACGGUGGCCCAACCUGCAGCCCUCGCGUCCUGAAAGCCCCAGGAUUCUCCGGAACAGCCACAGGAGAGGAUCUGCAGGAAUCCAUGUGCGAUGUUUGCUGCUGGAGAUAUCAAGACGCCGACGGGGGAGGGCCUCUCCGACUCACCCAGCAAAACCAUGUCUAUUAAAGAAAGAUUGGCACUGUUGAAGAAGAGCCGGGAGGAAGACUGGAGAAACAGACUCAGCAGGAGGCAGAAGGGCGGGAAGGCGCCGGCCAGCAGCCUGCACACCCAGGAAGCGGGGCGGUCCCUCAUCAAGAAGCGGGUCACAGAAAGUCGAGAGAGCCAAAUGACGAUUGAGGAGCGGAAGCAGCUCAUCACUGUGAGGGAGGAGGCCUGGAAGACGAGAGGCAGAGGAGCGGCCAAUGACUCCACCCAGUUCACCGUGGCUGGCAGGAUGGUGAAGAAAGGUUUGGCGUCACCCACUGUCAUAACCCCAGUGGCCUCACCCAUUUGCAGUAAAACAAGAGGCACCACACCCGUUUCCAAACCCCUGGAAGAUGUCGAAGCCAGACCAGAUAUGCAGUUAGAAUCAGACCUGAAGUUGGACAGGCUGGAAACCUUUCUAAGGAGGCUGAAUAACAAAGUUGGUGGGGUGCAAGAAACGGUGCUCACCGUCACCGGCAAAUCUGUGAAGGAGGUGAUGAAGCCGGAUGAUGACGAAACCUUUGCCAAAUUUUACCGCAGCGUGGAUUAUAAUGUGCCGAGAAGCCCUGUGGAGCUGGACAAGGACUUCGAUGUCAUUUUCGAUCCCUAUGCACCCAAAUUGACGUCUUCUGUGGCCGAGCACAAGCAGGCAGUCAGGCCCAAGCAGAUAUAUCCUAGAUACUUCGAUGGGCCAGUGUGA